AUGGAUGAUACUGUUGCAUAUCUCGCGGACAAAGCAUGGGGUCUCUACAAACGUCUUGAGCCAUCGCAGCGACUACUCAUAGCUGUCGCAGGAAUACCUGGCUCUGGCAAGACGACCUUGGCUGCCUCGGUCGCUAACAAGGUCAACGCUCGCUACCAACAAUCUUCCUCAAAGCCCGAUGAUGUUGCGCUCGUAAUACCGCUCGAUGGCUACCACCUUACGCGGAAGCAACUAUCUCUCAUGCCCAACAGCGAAGAGGCUCACUUCCGCCGUGGCGCCGCGUUUACAUUCGAUGGUGAAGGGUAUCUGGCUCUCGUGAAAGCACUGCGCGAACCGCUGGGCUCAGGCAAAACUGUUCACGCGCCAUCUUUCGAUCAUGCAGUCAAAGAUCCCGUGGAGAAUGAUAUUCCCAUUCCUCCAUCUGCCGAAUCCUCAUCUUCGAGGGGCUCUAUGUCGCGCUCUCUCGGCCGCCUUGCAGAAGCGAGAGUCGCCAAGAGGAAUUUUGCAGCUGGACUUUCGCCAUCACUCGAGGCAGCUCUCAGUAGAACGAAGAAGAACGAUAUGCGGAAUGCGGAGGACGUUCUGGAGAACAGAGUGGGAGGUGGCUUGAUUCGAGAAGUCAUUGGCAGUGUAGAAGACGAUGCAUGGAAGAGCGAGGGCUUGAAGCGGGUGGAGAAGGAUCUCGAAGACGACAGACACCGAGGGGACCAAAGUGAUCAGGUAACGGACAAGCCGCCGAUGGUUGGCGAGAGAGGCAGGAUGGACUCAAUUGCAGAGUUAGUUGCAGCUGGUGCUGGUAUGUAA